CCGCUGUUUCUUAAUGUUAUAUAUUUUCUGUGUUAUGUAUAUAUACAUAUAUUUUAAUUAAUUCCCAUUCUGGUUCUUUAGCUGCGAAUAGGGUCAAAAUAAAACACGCAAAAAGCGUUUUAAUUCCGAGUAAAAAAUACAAAGAGAAACAAUUUAUAAGCGUGUCUGUCUUCUGUCUGUGCCUCUCUCGUGCAUCUGUGAGUGUGUGUGUGUGUGUGUAAACAGAAGAACGCGCGUGAUUCAUACCUUGAUACACCGGGGGCGGCACAGGAAAAGUCGUCGACUGCGCGUGUUGUUGUUGGCCCGAAAGACACGGACACGGAGUCCGUCCAUUGAACUGCCGCGGCUGACGGCAACGGCGGCGACGACGACGACGGCAACGGCUGGUGCUGCUGCUGCGACGCGACUGCGACGCAAUUGCUUCCUGGCGAAACGACAACAACAACAACAACAUGGACAAAUCAAUCUGUGCAAUAGUGGAGUACGAGUAUACUGCCAAGGAACCAGAUGAACUGGAUCUACACAAGGGUGCCAUCAUACAUCGCAUCAAACAGAUGCCCGGCGGCUGGUGGCAGGGCACACUGAAAUCCUCCGGCGUAACGGGCAUGUUUCCGGAUAAUUUUGUUCGUGUGCUGGAGCCCAGCAGCAAUGGCAACCACAGUGAUGACAGUGCGGCGGUGCAGCUCAGGGAGAAAUCAGCGACAUCGAACCGUCGCUGUAAAGUCAUCUACAGUUACACACAAGUCAACGACGACGAACUGACGCUGGCCGUGGGUGAUGUCAUUGAAUUCCUAGGGGAGGUCGAGGAAGGCUGGUGGCGCGGACGUUUGCGCAGCAAAGUUGGCGUAUUUCCCUCAAAUUUUGUGCAACAUAUCGAGCCAUCGCCGAUUUUGGCCUCCAAGCGGCCGCCAACCAUUGGUGCAACGGUCACGACAUCGGCGCUAACAGCAAAAGCUGCCAACGUAGCGACAGCAGCAGCAGCAGCAGCGACAACAACGGCAACAACAGCAGCAGCUGCUCCUGCAGCAGCAGCGGUUGCACCUGCAACUACAGCCACAGCAAAGCAAUCGAAAAACAAAGCCACGGCAUCCACAGUCGCUGCGAGUGGAGCAGCUACUGCUGCUGCUGCGCCCACGUUACCACCGAAGCCACAUCGCGACAUUUGUCGCGUGGAGUUUCCCUAUGCGCCGCAGAACGAGGACGAGCUGGAGCUCAAGGUGGACGACAUUAUCAAUAUCAUCAGCAUGGAGCUGCCGGACAAGGGCUGGUGGAAGGGCGAGCUGAACGGCAAAGUGGGCGUCUUUCCCGAUAAUUUUGUCAAACUCUUGACGCCCUCAGAAGCGCCUCUGCCCCCUCCGCGUCCACGGCCACGCACACGCCGUGGUGGGGCAGCGGGUCCGGGAGUGGGAGCGGGACCGCAGCGCGGCGGCUCUUUCGAGUUCUUGGGCGCUCGCAUGGCCAGCUUUAUUACGACGAUUUUCGCGCCUAUUAACGAGCCAUCAACAGCAGCGGCAGCAGGCACAACGCAGCAAUCACAGCGCAAGAUAAGCAACACGAGCCACAUGACCACAACGAACUCCAGCAGCAGCAGCAGCACCACCACCACAGCGGUGACGCAGCAGCAGCAGCAGCAGAGCAGCGCUUCAACCACAUCGAAGGUCUAUAUCAAGAAGACGGGCAGCAGCAGCAAUUCSUCCACAACGGGACGCAAGGAGAGCUUCGGAUCGCGCGACUCCCUCAAUGAUAUACUCAGCGAAACGGGUCUGCCGAUCGGCACUGUGGCCGCCCAACGCAAGUCGCUGGAGAACAAGAACCUCGAUCUGAGCAAGCUGCCCGGUGGCGCUGGCAAGCAGCAGGGCGGCCAGAUCAUAACAACAACAACAGCAACCACUAGCAACAGCAGCAGCAGCAACACUUCAGCCUCGGCGUAUGCGGAACUGCGCAAGAGUCUGGACAAUAUGGAUGAGAAAAUAAAGUCGCCAACGCCGCCGGCGGUGGGCAAAAAGCCAAGUGUGCCGCUUAAGAAGACGCCCACGGGUGGAGUCACAGGCGGCAUUCUGGCCGGCGGCAUGAAGAAGAAGAGCGCUGAAAGUAAAUUAACCAGCGCCGUAUCGCAUGACGUCUCCGAUGGAUUGACUGGCAGUAAACUCUUAGGCGGACAGCUGCCCGAAGCGGGCGCAGCUGGCAGUGUGGUUAUGAGACGUGCUGCUACCAUAGCCGUUGAGGAUACGGACUUUGAUCGUGUGGAGCGCGGUUCAAUACUGCAGGACAUGCGCGCGGGUCGCGUCAAGGCGCCCAAACGACGACCGCCCUCGGCGGCCAUCAAUGUGGUGGGUGAGAGCAACAACAAUACGGUGUAUGUCAACGGCAGCGGCAUGGCCAGCAGCGCCAGCGAACUAAGUGAAGAUGGCGGCGCUGGCGGUGUUGGUGGCAAGCAGGCGACAGGCUCCUCGGAUGACAAUUCGAUGGGCGAGGAGCCGCAGCUGGCCAAGCCCAAGCCACGCGAAUGGGAAAAGAAAAAGGCACCCUGGAUGGAGGAGCUGAAAGCGUCGCAGGUGACUCGUAAAAAGACCUCGCCCAACGUUGAGCCCCGUGGCGGCCCAGUUUCCGUUGCUGAGCGCACCUCAAAGCUGUUUGCAAGCGAGCAAGCGACAGUCGUUACCAGCAGCAGUAGCAGCAGCAGCAAUACGACUGCAACGAAAGUGCAAUCGAGUGCGGUGACCUCCUCUAGCAUCAUGCAGCAGUCCAUGAUCGUGGAGAGCAGCACCAGUAGCAGCAGCAGCAGCCAAAAGMUGGAGUCAGCAACCACAAAUAUUAUAAACAGUAGCAGUAGCAGCAACAACGGCCACGAUGCCAUCAUGUCCAAGAGCAUGUCUGCAGCAAAGGCGACGGCGACAACUGCAGCAGCAGCAGCAGCAGCACCAGCAGUAGCACCAGUUGCCGCACCCACUGCCAUGAGCAGCGAUGAGGAGUCACGCGCGGCACGCCCCAAGAGCUUGUCGAUACGUAAUCGCAGCGUGUCGCCCCUGGUGAAGACGAGCAAUGCCAGCAGCACGCAGCAGGCGGAGAGGAGCACCAGCAACAAUGUCAGCGUGAACGACAGUCCGGCGACAGCUUUGCUCAACAACCAUCAGAGCAAUGCCGAUACCCUGCCACGAGUGCAAGAGCUCGAGUGCCGAUUGGAGAAGCUGGAGACGACGGUGUUGACGCAACAGCGCACCAUCGAGGAGCUGAUCCGGACGCUGCGCGAGGAGACGGAGCGCGUGCGGGUGCUGCGCGGCGAACUGGACAAAUACGCGCAGUGCGUGACGCAAGUUUGAAGCAGCUUGGAGUUCCAAUCACUCGGAACUCAGCCAAGUUCUGCCCAUAGUCGUGCUUGCACCCAGAUUGUUGUUUUUUGUUGGCCCGCUUAGCUGUGUGCGAUUGCUUUAGAGAUUUCUGUAGUUAAAAUCCAUUUUAGCUAGCCUUAAUCUAUGUGGUUUUCUUAAAUAGAAGCGAAAGUCGUGAAAUGAAGCUGUCAAUAGAACUUAUUGUUUAUUUUUACAUUCCAAUGCUUGUCAAACCGUGUGGCAAACCGUAUCGAAGACAAUCCCAAUAUUGUAGAGCGUAUACGAAAAUCAAAACUGAACUUGUACUUAUCAACCGAAAUAUCAAAUUUCAAUGUUAAAUCCCAGCUAGUUCACAGCGAGCUGCCUUUUAUCCAUAUAUCCAGUAGAUAACACUAUAAAUAUAUAUAAACUAUAUAAUUCUAUGAUUAU